AUGAGUAAUCCUGAACUAUCAGAAGAGAAUAGACCACCAAAGUUAUUGUUAGUUUUGAGCAAAUGUUCUGAGUUUAGUGAGAUUGAUCUAGAGAACAAAUAAUCUCCAAAAAUACUAAAAUUAAGAAAAUUGUAAAAUGUAUUUAAUACUAACUAAGAAAUUCAGCUAUUGAUAAUAAUGAUUAAUUACAUUUUGUGAUUAAUAAAUAAAUAGAUAUAGAUGAAAAGAAAUAAGAAAGCCCAAUUAAUGAAAGUUCAAAAUGGUAACCAUGUAGUUGUACUAAAACUAAUUGUCUUAAAAUGUAUUGUUCAUGUUUUCAUAAUGGUUAAAUUUGUGCAGAAUAAUGCAAAUGUGAAGAUUGUAAGAAUACUAAUAAACAUUUUCAAAAAAGAGAUGAAGCUGUAGAAUAUAUAAAGAAAAAAGCUCAUCGAAAUAAAAAAGUACCAUAAGAAAAAUUAUUUGAAACAAAAGAUAUUUGGGGAUGUAAUUGUAAAAAAACAAGAUGUCUAAAAAGAUAUUGUGAAUGCUAUAUCAGAUAGAAAACUUGCACUGUAGAAUGUAAUUGUAAUCAUUGUGAAAAUGGAAAAGAUGAAGAUUUAUAUAAUGAAAUAAGAAGAUAGAAUGAAUAGCCUUAAUAAUCAAGACGAUAAAGAUCUAGACGUUAGGAUAAUAGUUGA